AUGUCAAAACGGGUUCUUUGCAAAUUCUUUGCCCAUGGGGCAUGUCUAAAAGGGGACCAUUGUGAGUUCUCGCAUGAUUGGAAGGCCCCGCCAAAUAAUAUAUGCACCUUCUACCAAAAAGGAGUUUGUGCUUAUGGUGGUAGGUGUAGAUAUGACCAUGUCAAAGUUGCUCGUUUACAAUCUCCAGCUCCAUCUUCAUCAGUAUAUUCUCACCAACAUCAUUCUGUCCAUGCUGAUCAUCUUUCUGAGUCUGCAGCUGGUAGUGCAGAGAAUGAUGACGUUAGGGAGCUGAGUGUUAAUCCUGCUGACCGACCAAUAUGUUCUUUUGCUGCUGCGGGUAAUUGUCCGCAUGGGGAAAAAUGCCCACACAUUCAUGGUGAUUUGUGCCCCACCUGUGGGAAACAUUGCUUGCAUCCUUUCAGGCCUCAAGAGAGAGAAGAACAUGUGAAAACAUGUGAGAAAAUGCAAAGAAACUUAGAGGCAUUAAAACAUAGUCAAGAAAUAGAGUGUUGUGUGUGCCUUGAACGUGUUCUAUCAAAGUCUGCUCCGGCUGAAAGAAAGUUUGGAAUAUUGUCAGAGUGCGAUCAUCCAUUCUGUAUAUCGUGUAUUAGGAAUUGGCGCAGUAGUUCAUCAGCAUCUGGAAUGGAUGUUAAUUCUGCACUAAGAGCCUGCCCAAUAUGUCGGAAACUUUCGUACUUCGUCAUUCCUAGUGUCAUUUGGUAUUGUUCAAAAGUGGAAAAGCAGGAGAUUGUUGAUAGUUACAAGGCAAAGCUCAGGUCUAUUGAUUGCAAGCACUUUGACUUUGGGAAUGGGACCUGCCCAUUUGGGACCAGUUGUUUUUACAAGCAUGCAUAUCGUGAUGGUCAGCUGGAGGAAGUGGUUCUUCGCCAUCUUGGGGCAGAAGAUGGAAACACGGUGAUUGCUAAAAAUGUCAGGCUCUCGGACUUUCUUAAAGAAUAUGAAUUAUUGACGGGUACAAAGUUGCUUUUACCUAAGAUACAACAAUUCUUCCAUUGA